AUGACAUCAAAUGACGAGAAUUCCAGACGAGGCUAUCUUGCUCGUUCCAUAAUCUUAACAAUUGGGGGUGGGGCUCUUGGUUGCUCCAUUCUCACUGCGCUAUCUUGUGACUUCAUUGGGGUUGAGAACGUCGUUGUUACCGAAAACGCAUUCUCGGAUGCCCCCUACCUCAAGACAGUUGGACUCUUCUCCUUCAAUUCGGCCGCAAAUGAAAGUUGUGAGCACUACCGCACUCGACUAUUGCACUCCAAUUUCAAUGAAUGGUUCACUAUUGGGCAAAUUGCUUCUCUCGCUGCUCCAGCUUUGGGCUUGAUUGGCUGGAUUCUGGUAUUGAGUGAGUUGUUGAUUUCCCAAUGCCGAUUCAACGGAAGCUUCGUGCUUCAGAACGUUCUGUUCAUAGCGGCAUUUACUUUCCAAUGUUGUACGUUUCUACUUCUUGGACAAACCCAGUUUUGCUUUUAUGACAAGAUGUUUCAUUGCACCUGGGAAAUCGGCUCUAUUCUCUCCAUCAUCGCUGCAUCAAUGUUUUAUUUGUGUUCCAUUCUUUUAUGCUGCUUGUCGCGGCCCAAACAUUUCCCGAAUGAUCACGAUGACAGAGAAUGUGAAGAUGACAAGGUUUAA